UCUCUUCAAAGCAGAGGAAAGUCAGAGGCUCAUGUGUCAACAUCCAGGGUUUCCCCGGGGAGACGUAGCAUUAGCGCUAUUCCAAAAACACAAAACAAAACGAAAACAAAACCCCCUGAUGUUGCUUUGAAGAGUCUUUUAUUUUUGUUAGCUUAUUCAUCCUCGAAAGCAGCAGGUUUCUUUUUAAAAAAUUUUUGACUUCAAAGACCAGAAGACGACCUCCGGCUCCUGCUGCUUUGACGUUAGCUAACGUUAUUUUAAAGGAUGACAGAGUACAAAGUGCGAAUAGCGUCUCCAAUCAUUUAAUAACAUCUGGGGGACACGUUAGCUUAGCCAGCUAGCCUGGUAGUUCGAUUAGACCGAGGAAACGCGGCGAAACACACUGCUGACAUGAUGUUUCCUCAAUCGAGGCACUCGGCGUCCUCUCAGUCCAGCCAACCUCUCAAGUUCACCACUUCUGAUUCCUGUGACCGUAUCAAGGAUGAGUUCCAGUUCCUCCAAGCACAAUACCACAGUUUGAAGCUGGAGUGUGAUAAGCUGGCUUCUGAAAAGUCAGAGAUGCAGCGUCACUAUAUCAUGUACUAUGAAAUGUCUUACGGGCUGAACAUUGAAAUGCACAAACAGGCUGAAAUAGUGAAGAGACUAAAUGGGAUCUGUGCUCAGGUGCUGCCUUAUCUGUCACAGGAGCAUCAACAACAAGUCAUGGGCGCCAUAGAAAGAGCCAAGCAGGUCACACCUCCUGAGAUGAACUCCAUCAUACGGCAACAGCUUCAGGUGCAACACCUGUCCCAGCUUCAGGGCCUGGCGUUGCCCAUAACCCCGCUUCCCCUGGGCCUCACUCCACCCACUCUGCCCGCCGUCUCCUCUAGCUCCGGGCUGCUGUCCCUCUCCUCCAUCCUGGCCAACUACUCCCACGGCCAGCCCCCGGUGGCGAAAGAGGACAAGGCCAGAGAUGCCGCAGAGAGAGCGCCUAGAGGAGACGAUGGAGACAAGUCAGACUAGUGCAGACGCAGAGAGGAGGUUUGGAGGGGGAUAGUAUGGGGUGUUAUAAGUGUCCAAAAAAACAAAAAAACAAAAAAAAUAAGAAAGGGUAAACCAUAACUGUAAAUGGAGACUGAUGUAAGUCUAGGGGCCUGUCUGCUGAGUGUCAGUGUAGAAGAGUAAUUGCAAGGAUGAUUAAGUGCUGAAGAUGAAACUCCUGAAUGGCUGAGAGUAAAUGUUCUUAUUUAGUAGUAAUAGACUCGGUUCAGGCUUCUAGACUUUAAAUAGAUGCUUUUUUUAGUGCAAGCCACCGUUGUUAGGCUUUACCAAGAUAAAUGUUUUCCCAUUUGGAGAGAGAGCUGAGAAGGAAACUCAAUAGCAGUACCCCAGUAGAUAACUAUCAGAUUUAUUUUUUCUUCCUCCUUUUUGUUAUCAGAUCUGUAUUCAGUGCUUAUUUCCAUGUCCUCUCGAGUUCUUCUGAUUUAGUCUCACUGCAGUUUGCCGGUCAUAAUAAGGAGUUUUAACAUCUUUUAACAUCUUUUUCUAAGAUAAAACAAAAGGUUGACUGGAGCAGUUUUGUCAAUAAUUCCAUUAAUAUACACUUUUAAGUGUAAUGUUCUUCACCAUUACCAACCACUGGAUGCAUUACCACAGCUGUGUACCUCAGUCCCCCAUAAAUCACAGGAUUUUAUUUCAUAAAGAUCUAUAGUUAUUACAAAUAGUAAGAUAGCCAGCUUGGAAGUUAAUUUGUGUUAAGUAGGCCUUGCUGCUGCUGCUGCUGCUGCUGCUGCUGCUGUUGCUGCUGCUGCUGCUGCUAUGAGCUCCACAUGGGAUGUGGACCAUUGACAUGGGAUCAUGGACCCUGUGUCUUUAAAUGAUAAGACUAGAUGCUCUGGAAAAAAAAAAUCUUGUUGUUUUUGUAAAGUAAGGCAGGUUAUUAUAAACCCUUAAAGAUGUCUGUGUGCCUAAGUGAAUGUGAUUGGAAAGAAGAAAAUACUUUAACUUUAUUUUUAAGCACCUUUUGUGUUUUCCUUCAUGCCCUCCUUUGUUCCUGCCCUGCAGUUCCACAAAAUUGAUCCCAUAAGAGGAUCUUAAUGUUAAACAGGGUGGUGGUUGUGACAUACAGACAAGUUAACAGUUUCAGCUAAGAUUGUGUUAAGCACCUAUCUUUUUGUCUGUGACUACACAAACCUGAUAUUCUCAGCAUUUUCAAACAUGAGCUGUAUUCACACCAUGUACACUGUGUUCAUUAUGCGCUAUACUGUACAGUCUGGGUACUAUAAUUUUCUUGUAGUUAAUAUACAAGAAAUUAAAUGAAUUACUUAUUUUUGUCACAUCAUGUAGAUGUUGGUAUGACCCCCCCCCCCCCCCAAAAAAAAAACCCAAAACAAAACAAAACAAACAAGCAAAAAAAACCUGUGAUCAGCUCCAACAAAAAAGAUCCCAACAAUUUUCUUUGAAUCCUGAUGAACGUGAGUAAUGAGCUCAGCAAUAAUUCCUUUAAUUGUUAUUAUUAUUAAUAUAAUUUAUGUAAUAUAGCUUUGCCACCUUUAGGAGGUUAAACAUAAGGAUGUUAUAGUUAAAUUAAACAUUUGGCUCAUUUAUUAAUAUAUAUUAUCAAGAUAUCAAAAUGCUAUUAUUGAAAAAAGUGUAAUUAAAAUGAAUUGGACCUGCAGUGUUUAACAGCAGCAGUUCAGCUGUAACAUAAUCCCUUGACCAUUUCAUUAGGUACAACUGUUCAUUAAUGCAAAUAUCUAUUUAUCCAAUCGCAUCGCAGCAACUCAGUUCACCCGCUGAAGUUCAGACUGAGCAUCAGAAUGGGAAAGGAAGGGGACUUUGAAUGUGGCAUGCUUGUUGGUGUCAGAUGGGCUGGACUGGGUAUUUCUGAAACAUGGGGGUCCAACCCAGCAAAGUGUAUCUAAUAAAGUGGCUAGUGAGUGUAUGCGAUGUAGCUUCCAAUUACUACACAUUGUAGAUGCAGUACAUGAAUAUUGAGAAUAUCAGGCAACAUUCUUUGGUAGUUUAACCAUAUUGCCCAGCUCCAUUUGAGUGUACUGAACUUUCUUUUAGGCUAAAGUGAUUCAGUAUUAAACGAUAACAGUAAAAUGAAUCAUCAGGAAGUUUAGUAGGUUACCUAAGUCAAAAAGCUAAGGUAGGUCCAGGCUACACCCACAAACUCAAAACCUGCAAGAUGAGUAGUGUAGGUUCAGGCCUGCAGGUUUAACUGUUAUGUGUUCACAUUGGAGAAGUGAAAAAAAUUAAGUGCACUCAAAGCAAGCGCAUUGGAUUUUAUUUUGUUAUAUUUGAAAUGGAGCAGCUGCUCACAGCAGAAAAUGUUUUCAGCUUUAAUCGUUAAUAAUGUCGAAGCGACUCGGGUGACAUCUCAGAAAAAAAGAAAUGACCCACAUCCAGUAGGGUGUGUGUGUGUGUGUGUGUGUGUGUUGCUUAAUUUCAUAUUUUAUGAGGUCUCGCAUAUUAAAACUGUAUGCAUAAUUCUUGCAGUUAGUAUGUGGUAUGAAACUAGUGAACAGCUCACGUUUAUGGCUGAGAAAUGUUCAUUGUUUAGGCAGCAGAGGGCAGCAGUGCUCUUCCAGUGUUCAUUAUGGUAAUUCAACAGGUUUAUAAAAAGCAUCUAAAGAGGUCCAGUCACAUUUUUGCUUUCCUCUCUUUUCAUUUUUAUGAUUGUAAGCUGAGCACAGGUACACUGCAGGUGUCCGCUGUCCCUCCACUGUAAUGUGAGUGCUUUCCAGAGCUUUGAUAACCCACCUGUCAUGUCCGAGCAUAACCCUUUCCUCUCUAUUUUCAUUUGAAAAGCACUUAAGUUGUGGCUCACUGUUCCUUUUUUUUUUCUUCUUCCUGUCUGUGCAAGUGUUGAGGAGCUAGAGUAUCUCCCUCCCUGGAGAUUUGACUUCAACAUAUUGAGUGCGAGAACAGAUCAUUUAAUCAUUUGCACCCUUUAUACUGACGUCAGUCUCUGUAGAAAACCUCCCUUGGCAAAACUCAGACAUGUGAAUGGUAUGUGUGUUUGUUUUGCUGUGAAGGGCCAAUUUGUAUACAUAUGAAUAUAUCAAUAUACAUAUUUUUUAAAGCAUUUUUGUAUGUUUCAAAGCUGCUUUUUAAUGUGUGUGUAUCAUGGAGGACUUUGUUGUUGUACGCGUGCAUUACAAGCCUACACUAAGAGAGGCACAAUGUUGUAUAUCCUGUCGUUUUUUUUUUUUUUUCCUGUUUUCUCUUCCAUUCAUUCUCUCUCAGUAGGCUGUAACACUUAAUUGUUUUCUAGAUUUGUAAAUGUUUUAUCCUUUUUUUGUGCAAAUGAAAAAUGGUUAAAUGUAUGUACAAAACAGUCUCAUUUUAAAAUACCUGGGACAAAAAAAAAAAGUAAACAAGCAACUGUGUACUCUGAGAAUGAAAUCAACCUUUUAGCAGUAAGGAAGCGUCUCUGGUGCCUUACAAAUAAAAGAUGUGAUUGAGAGUGAUCAUUUGCCUUCUGCUGUUAAUGCACAUGGGAGGGAAAAA